AAAGGUUUAAGGCAGGGUUUACACAUCUUCUUCAACCUCAUUUCCAUUCCUUAUCCACCCAAACCAAACCACCAUUUAUGGCUUCAUCAGCUCUUUUUUCACCAAGCCCUAGAAGUCAUCAUCACGACCUACAAUCACCAUGGUCAACACAUAAAGUCAAACCAAGAAAACCACAAAAAACCUCAACAACCCAUAUUCAAAUCUUCAAAACCCCAUCUCAAAACCCUUUAAUUUACACAUCUUCUUUCCCCCACAACUUAAAGUUACCAUCUUUAAAAGACCCCAUUUCAUCUCAUCCUUUACCUGACUCAAUUGAUGAAAAUUUCACCAAAAAUCUUGAAAAUCUUGCAACUUUACAAAGAAUCACAACUGGGUUUGACUCGGUUUCGGAUUCCGAUAAAAACCUGAAAAGGGUUUUCAUUCAAGAACAACAACAACCACCCUGGAUUACUUCUUUGCUGAUGAAGAAUUUUUAUAGGACUAGUAGUAGUAGUACUGUCAAAAAAAGAGUGAAAGUUGAAAUUGAUAAGAGGAAUUAUUAUAUUUUGAGAAGGAGACAAAUAAAAGCCGAAACCGAGGCUUGGGAGAAGAUGACUGAAGAAUAUAGGGAGUUUCAAAGGGAAAUGUGUGAGAAGAAAUUAGCACCUAAUUUGCCUUAUGUUAAGUCAUUGUUUGCUGGUUGGUUCGAGCCGUUGAGUAAUGCAAUUAAGAAGGAACAGAAAUCACCCAAUACGAAGAAACAUCAAGAGGCGUAUGCACCUUAUAUUGACUCAUUGCCAGCUGAUAAAAUGGCUAUUAUUGUUAUGCAUAAGAUGAUGGGAUUAUUGAUGAUGGGGCAUGAUUAUCGGUAUGUUCGAGUUGUUCAAGCUGCUAUUCAGAUUGGGAUGGCAGUUGAGCUCGAGGUUAGAAUACAGACUUUUUUGGAGAAAACAAAGAGUUGCCCCAAAAAGAAGGUUUUAAUUCAAGCUCAACAAGAAGUCACUAAAGAAAAUGAGAUGCUUCGGAGACGUGUUAAAACUUUGAUUAAAAGGAAAAGAAUAAUGGAAGUACAAAAGAUAUUGAAAAAUGAAGAAUAUAUACCUUGGGGCAGAGAUAAGCAAGCGAAGCUAGGAUGCCGUCUUAUUGAGUUGUUAACAGAAAUAGCUUAUGUUCAAUCUCCAGUUAGUCAAUCCGCUGACGCCCCACCUGACAUUCGGCCUGCAUUUCGACAUAUUUUCAAGAUUAUAGCAAUGGAAUCGGGUCAAGUCAGAAAGUGUGGAGUUAUUGAAUGCGAUAAAAUGAUCCUCACUGGACUUGAGAGCACUGCUCGACACAUGAUAAUUCCUUAUGUGCCAAUGUUGGUUCCUCCAAGAAGGUGGAAAGGGUAUGACAAUGGCGGGCACUUCUUCUUACCUUCAUAUCUCAUGCGUACUCAUGGAUCAAAGCAGCAACAAGAGGCUGUUAAGAAUGUUCCAACUACACAAAUGCAAAAGAUAUACGAGGCAUUGGAUACACUUGGACACACUAAAUGGAGAGUGAAUAAAAGACUACUUGAUGUAGUUGAGAGCAUUUGGGCUGCCGGAGGUGAUAUUGCUGGACUUGUUAAUCGUCAAGAUGUUUCGGUUCCUGAUUUGAAUUCUGAGGAGUCGAGUGAUGUAAAGGAAUGGAGAUGGAGUGUGCGUAAAGCAAGGAAAAUCAAUCAAGAACUGCAUUCUCAGCGAUGUGACAUAGAACUAAAGCUUUCAGUAGCUCGAAGCAUGAAAGAUGAAGAAGGCUUCUACUAUCCUCACAAUCUUGACUUUCGUGGCCGUGCUUACCCCAUGCACCCACAUUUGAAUCAUUUAAGUUCUGAUUUGUGUCGAGGAAUUCUUGAGUUUGCUGAAGGGAGGCCGUUAGGGAAGUCAGGCUUACGUUGGUUGAGGAUACAUCUAGCAAAUCUUUAUGGUUCUGGAGUCGAGAAGCUCUCGUACGAUGGUCGCCUACAGUUUGUGGAAAAUCAUAUUAGUGAUAUCUUAGAUUCGGCCGAUAACCCUCUUGGUGGAAAUCGAUGGUGGCUAACAGCCGAAGACCCUUUUCAAUGUCUAGCAGCUUGUAUUAAUCUGUCUGAAACCUUAAAAAGUUCAUCACCUCAUACUGUCAUAUCACAUCUUCCAGUUCAUCAGGAUGGCUCUUGCAAUGGGCUCCAGCAUUAUGCUGCAUUGGGAAGAGACAGUUUAGAAGCUGCCGCAGUGAACUUAGUUGCUGGAGAAAAACCUUCUGAUGUUUACUCGGAGAUUGCAGCAAGGGUUCACGAAAUUAUGCAGAGGGACAGCGAAAAAGAUCCAAUAAGCUAUCCUAAUGCUGUACUAGCCAGACUUCUAAUUGGCCAGGUCAACCGAAAGUUGGUCAAACAAACAGUAAUGACUUCAGUCUAUGGCGUAACAUUUGUUGGGGCACGAGAACAAAUCAAAAGAAGAUUACAAGAGAAGGGUCAUAUUUCUGAUGAUCAACUGCUGUUUAGUGCAUCUUGUUAUGCUGCUAAAGUCACGCUGGAGGCCCUUGGGGAAAUAUUUGAGGCUGCACGCAGUACCAUGUGUUGGCUUGGUGAUUGUGCUAAGGUGAUUGCUUCUGAAAAUCAGGCUGUUCGGUGGACAACCCCUCUAGGUCUUCCUGUCGUACAACCCUAUUUCAAAACUAAACGUCAUAUUAUAAAAACCUCUCUUCAGGUCUUGGCUUUGCAACGGGAAGGUAGCACGGUAGAGCUAAAAAAGCAAAGAACGGCAUUUCCUCCAAAUUUUGUGCACUCACUUGAUGGAACACACAUGAUGAUGACUGCUGUUGCUUGUAGGGAUGCAGGAAUGCGUUUUGCAGGGGUUCAUGAUUCCUUCUGGACACAUGCAUGUGAUGUUGACAAGAUGAAUGUAAUACUACGGGAAAAGUUUGUAGAGCUAUAUAGCAGUCCGAUACUUGAAAAUUUGCUUGAAAGCUUUCAGACUACAUAUCCUGGGCUGGAGUUCCCUCCCCUUCCACAGAGAGGCGACUUUGACCUGAAUGAAGUUCUGAAAUCACCUUACUUCUUCAACUAAACGCUCAUAUCCUGUAUCAUAUAGAGUCAGGUGUAAUUAUAAAAGCAGCCAGGAUCAUCAAGAUACGUAGACCAAUGAUUAAUUCUAAAGAAAUCUUAGCAUGUCCACAAUAUGAUGCACGUGGGAUAGAAUAUCUUGAAAAGAUGAGGCACGACAAGGCACAAGAGGAGAUAUGGCCUUUUUUGUAGGAGUAUUUUGAGCAGUUUCAGCAGGCAUAGUAUUAGUAACAACAGAUGUACAUUUUUUUUUUGUCACAAGUGGAGGUGGCUCUCACAAGAACCUCAUGAUAGCUAUUGAUCAUCAUGGGAUGCUGCGAAGAACUCGACCUUAGUCCUCGGGGUCAUAAGGGUUAUGUGUAAAUGUAGCAAGUAAUGUACAAUUUUGUUUGAGAUAAUAUGGAUAAUUUAAAAAGAAAUUACUGUAAAUGCUAGCAAGGAUCCAGAUAACAUUGCACAUCAAUCAAAUGCAUUAGUAUAAUUCAGUUUUAGUUGGCA